AUGCCAGGAAGUAAACGACGAGCGCUGAAGAAAUUGCUCUCUCCCAACUCCGGCCCCUCUGAUCCAUCCACAUCUACGUCUCCCUCAUCUUCUCCCCCUCAAUCAAAUUCAACUUCGUCAAAUUCGUUAAGUCAGAUGAUAUCACCGCCCUCAGGUCAAGCUCUACCUCCUCCUGCUGUACCGCUCUCGCAGGGCGAAAUUCAGGAAGAUUUGGUAUUGGAGAAUAUGCAUCAGAAUGAGAAAGCCAUUGGACAUUCUACUUCACCUGCGAGCUUGAGGACUACAGAGGUGGCGGCUCCUGCUACUGUCGGUGUCGCUGCUGCUCCACCUCCACCUCCUUCUGGAGGUGGGAUGUAUGGGAAUGCGUUUGGGUCAGGCAAUAAUGGAAAUGGUGGAGGGAAGAAGAAAAAAUCAAGUAGACAGAAAUUCGAAGAGAGACAGGCACGAAAGACCCAAGCUCUCCUUGAGUCCGCACCUCCAGAUGAUCCCAAUUGGAAUGCUCAACUGGAAAAAGAACGGUUGGAGGAAAUUCAGAUGAUUGGUGAUGCCUGUACCGUUCUUGGAAGAGAGAUCUACGAGAUCGCACCGGAUGGUCAUUGUAUGUAUUCUGCUAUAGCGGAUCAACUGGCCGAGAUUGGUGUAUUACCUUCCAAGGGUGCCGAGAAUUAUUCAGUCACCCGUAAUGCCGCAGCCAAAUUCAUGCUUUCCCAUCCAGAUGAUUUCAUGCCUUUCUUACCGUCCAUCACAGGCGAGGAUUCAGCUGGAGCGACCGAUGACGGAGUGAUGACCGAAGCUGGGUUCAAGAAGUAUUGUCAGUUGGUAGCUGAGACCGGUGAAUGGGGAGGUGAGCCAGAGAUCCAGGCUCUCUCCCGUCAAUACAACGUCCCGAUCCAUGUCUUUCAACGAGGUCCACCCACCGUUGUAUCCCACGGAGGCUCAGCGGAUGCUUUCGGAGGAGCGAUGACUCCCGAACAAAGUUUAGCCGCGGGCGAUAAAGUGGUGAGAAUAAGUUAUCACAAGAGGAUGUACGGGCUUGGUGAACAUUAUAACAGUCUGAGAAAGGUGUAA